UGUGUCAGUACGUAGACGCAAAAAAGGCUACACCGCGUGUGCGUUUGCCCCUGCGGCCCUGUGGCUUCUGCUUUCAGGAAACAAGACGCCGACAGCCGUUGGCAAGUCGACACUUCCACGUACUUACUGUGGACCUGAAAGUGCAGAUCAGGAUGGCACCUCGGAGAACCCACCACAAAUCCAAGCAAGGAUGCACAGAGUGCAAGCGUCGGCAUAUCAAGUGUGAUGAAACACGCCCCAUCUGUGUGAAAUGCACCGCCUCAAAACGAGUAUGCCGGUGGGAGACCAAUAUCAAACCCUCAACGGCGACCCCCAUUGAGUCAACUGGGGACCAACGCACACCCACUGCUCUCCAGCCGCCUGGUGGUAGUGCACCUUUAACGCCCAUAGCCAGUGAUACUACUCACUCGGGGUGUCACACAGGUUCUCAUGCGACUGUUGGUUCCGCACAUCCAGUCCUCAGCCAAAGAAGGGCUGACUCCGUCGUCAAUAUUGACCAUCUAGAACUCUUGUACCACUUCUACACAAACACGUGCAGGACCCUCGUCCGGACGCAGGAACAAGUUGAGUUAUACCGCGACCUCGUGGUCACUCGAGGCAUCGCCCAUCCUUUUCUUAUGCAGCAGACCCUGGCCUUUUCCGCCCUUCAUAUAGGCAUCCUGCGUCCUCAGCAACAAGAGUACUAUCGCUCGCUCGCGACAUCUCUACAGUCGAAUGGGCUGGCUGAUUUCAACGACAUCCUGUCACAGGUGGAUGCAAACACCUGCGUGCCGGUGCUGUUGUUCUCACACUUAGUCGCACUCCACACAUUCCACGAUCUCUUCACCGUUCUCAAGGAUGACUUCAACACCUUUAUGGAUGGUCUGGUUGGCUGUGUCCGUCUGCUCCGGGGGGUAAAUCUGGUGAGAGAAACAUGGGCUGACGUUCUGUUUCAAUCCGAGCUAGGUGGAAUCAUGAGGGAGGCGGAUGAGAUGCGUCACAACAACAAAGCCUCCAAAAGCGAAUGUUCCGCACUAAGGGAUCUGAUCGAGGGCGCGGACCUGAGCUUGACAUCCAGAGAAGCCUGCAUGGAAGCUUUAGAUAAACUUCAGGAGUUCUUCAAUUUAGAGAACGUUUAUCCUGGAGGUUCCUUCGGCACGACAAGCGUCAUCUUCGCUUGGUUCGUCACCGCGUCUUCGCAGUACACCGAACUGGUGGACCAAAGACGCCCUGAGGCUCUGGUUUUACUCGCAUACUACGCGGUACUGCUUCACCGACGCCGGAGAUCGUGGGUAGUGGGAGAUGCAGGCAAGCGUCUCUUCGAGUCAGUCGCUGCGCAUCUCGGUAGGAGAUGGGAGACAUGGCUGACAUGGCCUCGCAGCGCCAUCAUGUCUGGCACAAGUUCAAAUACUCCAUCAUCAGCUACUUAG